GCGGCGCUGCCGGCGGGGCCGCGGGGCCGGAGCGCAGCGCGAUGGAGGCGCCGCCGGUGACCAUGAUGCCCGUCACGGGCGGCACCAUCAACAUGAUGGAGUACCUGCUCCAAGGGAGCGUGCUGGACCAGAGCCUGGAGAGCCUCCUGCACCGGCUGCGCGGGCUGUGCGACAACAUGGAGCCCGAGACCUUCCUGGACCACGAGAUGGUGUUCCUGCUGAAGGGGCAGCAGGCCAGCCCCUUCGUGCUGCGCGCCCGGCGCUCCAUGGACAAGAGCGGGAUGCCCUGGCACCUGCGCUACCUGGGACAGCCCGAAAUAGGCGACAAGAACCGCCACGCGCUGGUGCGAAACUGCGUGGACAUCGCCACCUCCGACAACCUGACGGACUUCCUGGUGGAGAUGGGCUUCCGCAUGGACCACGAGUUCGUGGCCAAAGGGCACGUAUUCCGCAAGGGCAUCAUGAAGAUCAUGGUGUACAAGAUCUUCCGUAUACUGAUGCCAGGAAACACAGAGAGCAUCGAGCCGCUCUCCCUCUCCUACUUGGUGGAGCUCAAUGUCGUUGCGCCAGCAGGGCAGGACAUUGUUUCUGAUGACAUGAGGAACUUUGCUGAGCAGCUGAAGCCUCUAGUACACCUGGAGAAAAUUGACCCCAAAAGACUAAUGUGAUUGACAGUCUGGGGCAUUAAGGCACUGGUUUUGUGUUUCAGAAAAUGAUGUUUUUCUAAAAAGCGUUUUGUGGGCAAAUCAAAACAGGGAGAAGGGAAUAAAGUACUAUGUAUCAGUUUUGGCAGCUGCAAUUCCUGAGUGUUUUUUUCUUUCACUUGUGAAUAUGAGCAGAAGUGGACACUUCAAAUUAGCACUGUUAAAAAAAUCAGUAAAUGUUAAUACCCAUAGUGUUCUUUCUUUUGCAUGGGAGAUAACUUUAAAAGCCUAUUGCCUAACAGUCUAAAAAUGUCAGACUUACUGGAAUUCAUCCCUCCGUGUACUCAGAUCCCACUGCUGUCUUAAGAUUUUUAAAGCACAAUUUGUGUAUCCUACUUAGUCAUCCAAAACUUUUCAGUAAUAGAGGAAGUUAAUACUGUUUAAUGCAGGAGAUGCUGUUUCACACAAGCAUAAACACAGAAACUGCUGCAUAAAAGGGCAGCUAACUGUACACCUCUUCACCAAAGCUUAUGUGACAGAAACAGGUACUUGUUAGGGAAACUGUUUCUUAUGAUGUAACCGAAGUUAGAAGUAGAAGAAAAUCUAGUAAUAUUAACAUUUGCAAGUGGUUUUUCCCAUCUUUUAAUGGUCUUCCAUUAUUUUCAUUGGAAUUGGUUAGGAUAAUCCUAAUUAAUGAGGAAGUAAAUUACCAGGUACUUUUUAUUACUGGAUUUCUCACAGCUGAAAUGUUAAGUCCUUUGUAUUUAAAAAAUUAUUCACAAUUUUUCAUUAAAAAUGUAUUACAAGCA